AUGGCGCAGCUUAAUCAGUUUUCGGGUCGUAUAUAUGUGUUUGGUGAUGAAGUAGAGUCAGUGAUGGAGGGAGAUUCUGUUACUCUACACACUGAUAUUACUGAAAUACAGAGAGAUGAUGUGAUAGACUGGUGGUUUGGACCUCAGAAAUCUCUCAUAGCCAAAAUAAAUAAAACGGCUAAUAUAGUCAGAAUAAGUGCUGAUGUUCUUGAUGGGAGAUUCAGAGACAGACUGCAGGUGAAUAAUCAGACUGGAGAUCUCACCAUCACAAACAUCAAAACUCAACACUCUGGACUUUAUCAAGUAACCAGCAGAAACACACUCAAUACCACAUCCAGAUUCAAUGUUACUGUCUAUGCUCGUCUGCCCGUUCCUGUCAUCACCAGAGACUCAUCAUCAGUCUCAAACUGUUCAUUAUUGUGUUCAGUGUUGAAUGUGACAGAAGUGAGUCUGUCCUGGUACAAAGGAAACAGUUUAUUGUCCAGCAUCAAUGUGUCUGAUCUCAACAUCAGACUCUCUCUACCUCUGGAGGUUGAAUAUCAGGAUACAAACACAUACAGCUGUGUGGUGAACAAUCCCAUCAAAAAACAAACUCAACAUCUCAACAUUACUCAUCUCUGUCAGCCGUGUUCAGAUUGUGUCAGCUGUUGUGAUACUACUAAAGCUGUGAUCCGAUUGGUCGUCUCUACUCUGGUGGGCGUGGCUACUGUAGCUGUUUUGAUUUACGACAUCAGAUCCAGAAGAGCUGAACAAAAGAUAUCAUCAUAG